CUGUCUGCAACCCACAUGAGGAAGAGACACGGCGAGACUCCGCAAGGCGGGCAGCAUCAUCCCUACCUGAUGGUCUGAAGCCUCAGCGGUGACAAAUUGUUGCAGAUCUGGUUGUUUGAUUGCUCUUAAACUUGUAUCCAUGCCGAAUCUGUGAUCAUCUGUCGUCAUCAGCACAAUGUUGGGAUUAAUUAAACUCCUGCUUCAGCUCUCUCUUUUUGCCCCAGUGGCUUUAGGUCAAGGACUAUUCAGGAGCAGAAAUGCAUCAGACAGAAGCAAAAGAGUUGCCUUCAAAGAAUUCCUUGACUCACAGACAACAGGUGUAACUGAGUGGACAUCUUGGUUCAACAUCGACCAUCCAGGUGGAAAUGGAGACUACGAGCGCCUGGAAGCAAUUCGCUUUUACUACAGAGAAAGGAUCUGUGCUCGUCCUACGGCCAUGGAGGCCCGCACCACAGACUGGGUGGCAGCUGCAGACACGGGGGAAGUGGUCCACUCAAGUUUGGAGAAAGGCUUCUGGUGCAUCAACAAAGAACAGCCGCAUGGUCGCGUCUGUUCCAACUAUCAUGUUCGCUUUCAGUGUCCCCCAGUUCAAAGCUACUGGACUGACUGGAGUGAGUGGGGUCCGUGCUCAACCACCGUUUGUAACGAUGUGGGGAUUCAAGUUCGCCAAAGGAAAUGUGUGAGCGCUCAGCCCAUGCCCCUUUUGUUUGUACCAGCAUGUAUAGGACACCAUGCAGAGAGGAAGGAGUGUUCUACCCCACCAUGCACAGCUAAGUGGAGUCCUUGGGGCCCCUGGGGAAGCUGCUCAGUAACCUGCGGCGGAGGACGCAGGACACGGAGACGAACUUGUGUGAGGACCUCAGAGAAGGUGCAGUGUUCAGGAAGACCUGCUGAGGUGCAGAAGUGUGGCAAAGGUCCAUGUCCAGCCAAAUGCCAGCUGAAGUGUGCUGAAGGCCAUCCAAGUGAGGACUGCAGCAUUUGUACGUGUGCGGAUCAUGUGGUGUUCGGAGACAUUCAAACUGUGACCGGAGUCCCUGUGGCAGGGGCCACUGUGGCUCUGACCAGCCACCCUAAAGUCAUCAGCACUCUGACAGACAAGAAGGGGCAGUUCACACUCUCAGGAAUCUGCUCCUCAAGCUCAACCUUAAUUACCAUCAAUAAAAAGCCAUAUAUUGUAAAGCACCCAGAGGACAAAGUGCGUUAUGAGGGAGGACGUGUGCUAUUGUGCUGCUCAGCUACAGGAUUGCCUGCUCCAGACAAAUACCACUGGUACCACAAUGGGACACUGCUGGAUAAGAAUGUGUAUAAAUAUGGAGAAGACCUUUUACUACGAGACCUAAAACUAGAACAAUCUGGGGACUACUACUGCAAAACCAGCAACCCUGCAGGGAGCGUCAAGUCAUCUCCAGCUCACCUUACUGUAAUUGCCAAAGAAUCACCUGCGUGCAAUUCCACCCCUGAAACACACCUUGUAAGACUACCAAUGGACUGCGUUCAACCUGGCACCCACUCCAAGUACUACAAUGCAGGUCGAUGUCCUCACAACAAAUGCCCGGGAUCUCUGGACUUUGACAUGCGCUGCAGAGACGGAGAUGGAUUCUGCUGUGGGGUUCAGGAAAUGGAAAGUCGCAUCAUUGACUGUGGCACCUACAAGCUCCCGAUACGAGCUGUGAUACACUGCAGCUGUCAGAAAUGUGUUCAACCCACUGUGCUGGUUCGUGGCAGAGUUGCGGCAGCUGACAAUAAUGAGCCUCUGCGUUUUGGGCAUAUUUACAUUGGUAAAGAUAGAGUCGGCAUCACUGGAUACCAGGGUGGGUUUACUCUGCAAAUUACUCCAGAUACACAAAGGUUGGUUGUAAAUUUUGUCGACCCAACUCAAACCUUCAUCGACACUCCAAAGGUGUUUAUUUUUGACAAGAAAGGUGGAUCUAUCUAUCAUAACGUCAAAGUGAUGAGGAAACAGAUACCGAUUGAUAUCAAUCCAAGAGAAACCAAUUUUAUUGACCUCGGAGAAAUUAAAGGGGAGGAUCCAAUAGGGCAAAUAGUUAUUCCACCGAACUCCUUUUAUAAAGACAAUGGAGAAACCUAUGAAGGGACAGUGAAAGCCAGUGUCACAUUCAUUGAUCCGAGAAACAUUACGACAGCAGCAGCUGCCCCGGGUGACCUCAACUUUGUGGAUGAAGAGGGUGACAUGCUCCCACUGCGGACCUAUGGCAUGUUUUCAGUUGACUUUAGAGAUGAAACAAGUAAAGAAGUACUUGGAGCUGGGGCCGUCCAAGUUCUCCUUGACACACAGCAUGUGAAAAUGCAAGAGCACAUUCCAACAAUGAAACUGUGGUCUUUAAACCCAGACACUGGUGUCUGGGAGGAGGAGAGCAAUUUCUCCUAUAGCACAACUACUGCUGGUGGUCGUGGAAGAAACAAGCGAGAGGAGCGCACCUUCCUAAUAGGCAACAUGGAGAUCAGGGAACGCAGACUCUUCAAUUUAGAUGUGCCUGAAAACAGGAGGUGUUAUGUUAAGGUGCGUGCUUACAUGAGCGAUAAGUUCCUUCCUAAUGAACAAUUGGAGGGAGUAGUAAUCAGUUUGAUCAAUUUGGAGCCCAAGCCAGGUUAUUCAUCUAAUCCCAGGGCAUGGGGACGCUUUGAUAGUGUCCUAACUGGGCCCAACGGGGCCUGCUUGCCUGCGUUUUGUGAUGCCAUGAGGCCCGAUGCUUACACUGCAUACGUCACAGCAAUACUUGGUGGAGAGGAGCUGGAGGCAGCUCCUUCUUCUCCCAAGAUGAAUCCAAAUAUCAUCGGAGUGUCUCAACCUUAUCUAGACAAAUUAGAUUACCAGCGUUCUGAUCAUGAGGACCCAGCUCUGAAGAAAACUGCAUUCAGAAUUAAUUUGGCAAAACCAAACCAAAACAAUCUUGAUGAGACCAACGGACCAAUAUAUCCAUAUCAGAACUUAUUAGCUUGUGAAAAUGCACCUGUGGAUUCAAACCAUUUCAGGUUUUUCAGAGUGGAAAAAGACAAGUAUGAAUACAAUGUUGUUCCUUUUGAGGAGAAUGACUUGACAACGUGGACGAGGGACUACCUCUCCUGGUGGCCGAACCCCCAGGAGUUCAGAGCAUGCUACAUUAAAGUCAAAAUUUAUGGUCAAAAAGAAGUAAUGGUCCGGUCAAGGAAUCUAGGAGGAACACACCCACAGACAAGGGGCAAACUGUAUGGCAUUAGAGACAUUCGGAGUACACGGGACAUGCGGGAAGCCAACACCUCGGCUGCAUGUGUUGAAUUCAAAUGUGGUGGCAUGUUAUUUGAUCAAGCAGAGGUUGAUAGAUCACUGAUAUCAAUUAUUCCACAGGGUAGCUGCAGGAGGAUUGGCACCAACGGUCUCCUACAGGAAUAUCUCAUCAAGCAUCCGCCAGUUGCUCAAAACAACGAGUCACACGCGUUCACGAUGCUAGCCCCUGUUGAUCCAUUAGGACACAAUUAUGGCAUCUACACAGUCACAGAUCAGAAUCCCAGAGUUGCCAAAGAAAUUGCUAUUGGUCGUUGCUUUGAUGGCACCUCUGAUGGCUUCUCCAGAGAGAUGAAGUCAGACUAUGGUGUGGCUCUUACCUUUAUGUGUCCAGAGAAAAAGAUUAACAGAGAAAGCCUCUUCCAGCGUCUGCAGACCAACCCGGGUCAAACUCUUUCUCAAAUGGCAAGGGACAUGAGAGAAAUGGAGGGGCUGCAGGUGCAAAGAUCAUCCACCCAGGUUGUGGCCUUUCCUUCAGAGCAGAGUGGAAGGACCCAAAGUCGGCGAGCCAGUUCUGUAUCUAGAAGGAGAACAUCCGUGCGGGCACAACAGCGCCAAUAGUUGCCAAAAAGUAGGCUAUUUUUACCCUGAUCCUUACAUUUAAUUAUGUCUCCCUUGAGUUUUAUUCCUAUGGCAUUAAGAGAGACUAGUUUGAAGACACUAAAUCUAAAGAGCAAAGAUGAUGUCUGGUCUAAUAAAAGUAUGACUAAAAAUAUGAAUAAAAAUAAAUCAGUGACGAUAGAUCUACAAACAUACAGGGAGAUUAUUUGUCUUAUAGUAACUUGAAGGUUUCAAUUUAUUAUUUUUUUUUGUUUCAUUUCAUUUAUAAAAGGUUAACAUCCAUUGACUAUUUCUUACUUGUAUUUAUGUUUUUCCUGUGUUCUAAUUUUGGAAAUGAAUUUGUUAAACUGACAAUGAACUCUUACAGGGCUUGUACGUAUGUGGGAUGUUCAGACAUCUUUUAUUGCUUGAUUUAAAACCAAACCACUGUGAUAAACCAAAUGCCAUUAUAAUAAUUAGGUGUUGCAGCCGAAAUUAUUCUAUUUAACAUCCAAAUGAUCGCAGGAAAAGGUCCUAGCCCACAGAUACUGAGCCUAUUUCCCACAGAUUGGUGAACUCUUUCCAUUAAGGGGAUAUUAUGUAUGACAUGCUGCUAAUAAAGGAUUAUCAAUAUUUUACCAAUAUUGAUUUAGUUGCAUGUCCCUAAAAAUGUAACACUGUGACCAGUUGAAACUUCAGAGGGUAAGAAUCCGUAUGUAACAGG